AUGCCAGCAAAAAAUGGAUCAGCACAGACUGGCAAUAGCAGCCCACCAGAACUCAGUGUGGAACUUCCAGAGUUGAGCAGUCUUCCAACAGUCUUUUGUCCCUGGAAAAUUGUUGAACUGCCAGUUGAUAUUCUAUUAUUAACAGUUGAGGACUGUGAGUUCUUAAGCUGCUUUGCCUACCUGAAGAAACCCUCUAGGAGUUACCACAUCAGUACUGGCUUUGUGUACUUUGGGUGCAUGGGUGAUGAUCAAGGAAAGAAAAUGAAAAUCGCAUUGAUGAGGUGCUCCAAAGGUCCUGAUGUUCUUGGGGGUUCUUUGUCCAUUUCAAAAAAUGCCAUUUUGCUACUGAGACCUAAGGCUAUUUUUUCUGUUGGUGCCUGUAGUGGUUUGAACAACAAAAAGGUCAAGUUAGGAGAUGUGGUUGUUUCAGCAAAGCUGAUAACAGCUGCACACAAAACUCCCCCCAGCAGAGAUAUUGGUCACCUGAUCAAACAUGUGGCUGAUGGGUGGAAGGCACCUUUACGAAAUGCUGAUGAAUAUAAUCCCAAAGUGCACUGUGAUGGAGUGGUUCUGAGUAUCUCAGAGGCAAACAGAGAUAUGAUUAGGAAACAUCCUGAAGCAAUUGCAGUUGAAAUGGAAGGUGGAGGAGUGUAUGCAGCAGCAGCCCAUGAUUUUAAGACAGAAUGGGUGGUAGUCAAGGGCAUCAGAGACUUUGUAGAUGAAACGCAGUCUUCAAGUAGGAAAUGGCAACAAAUUGCCUGUGUGAUGGCAGCAUCUGUUGUGGCCAACAUUUUGAAUGAUUCAGUCAUUUUCCAAGACUGGCCUUACUUUAAUGCAGAUACCAGUGAAUCACACGCACCAGGUAAGAUUAAGUUAAACUUUUUUUUACGAGUGAUAGUGUUAACUAGUAAGUUUUUGCAGCUAGAAAAAAUUUGCAUACGGAGAUUUGCUACACACGAGAUAUUACCUUGUAGUGUUUUUUUAGACUGCUUGUGGAAAGCGUCUAUUAUUCUGCAGUGUUGGUGGUUACCAUCUUUCCAUGACUUUUUGGAAGCUUUCGAGCAAACUCAAAAAGUGACACCUACAUUUAAAAUACCUCGUAAUCUCUUACAAGUCUUUCGAGCAACUUUCAACUUUUAA